CAGCACAGUGUCGAGCAUCACCAUCCUUAUUCUCGCCAUGAUCGUGAUCGACGUGAUUACUAUGGAAGUGACAGAUUGCGCAGGCGUUCAUCUGAACACAAACGUUUACGAAAGCCGUAUGAUCCGAGAGUCCGCAGAGUCGAGACAUAUGUCCCAAGGCGUUCGCGGCAUUCAUCUGGCGAUAAAUCGCACCACAGCAAAGAAAAAGAGAGGAACGGUGCUGAUGAUAGGGACAUCCCAUUGGAUGAGCUCGAACUUGAGGAGGUUGACUGUUGUGACGAAGUAGGUGACGAUCGCUCAGAUUAUGCUGACGGCACCUCGAGUGCAUGCGGAUCUUAUUCUGGAGAGGACGAUGACUACGAUGGUUUGAGUAUGUCGCGCUCGAGAGGUCCAAAUCACAUGUCUAGUGUUGGUGAUGGUGAUGAUUUCCCAGACCUCUGUGAGGAACUCGACGAGGAUGCAAUGCGGCGUGCCGCAGCCGCAGCUGCCGCCAAAAACAUCGUUCUCUCCAGUGAGACGCCAGCCGAUGUCAACAGUCCACCUCCGCCAGGCACAGGAAAAAUAGUACGAAGAUCUCAUGAUGACAAAUAUUCACAUCGAAAAGACACGACGGAAUUGCGGAGGAAUGGAAGGAAUGGUGAAGAUGCUCCGUCGUCGCGACAUAUGCGUGGCAGCAGUCGACAUGAAGAUGACGCUCGGCGACGGCGCCACCACUUCAUGGAAAGUACAAACUACAAAUCGAGACGAGGUGAAUGGAGGCGAACAGAGGAGAGAGGAAGAGAAGGAAGAGAAAGGACGGAUAAGGCUCGAUUUGGUCGAGAAACUCCCAGCGUUCAACGUGCUCCAGCUGUUACCAAGUCGCAUACCGAUCCUACUACUGAAGUGUGCAGACGAGACGAUGCAGAGUUGUUAUCCAUAAAAGGCCCCCUUGCUCAUGGAUGGUGUUCGGUAGAAGAUGAAGAAGAGCAGAUGCCUACAUCGUCACAAAGUUCACCGAAAAGCACAUACGCAGAUAAAAGUGCGUCUCCGGUCCUUCACACUGGUACCACCAAGGCACAACGCCAAUUCGGUCACAAAUCCUCCAUCACGGAUCAAAAAUGGCAGUUUACCCACAUCGCCUCGUAA